AUGGGGUCAGGAGGAAGUAAAAAAGAGGAAAACAAACAAACAACUCCAUCGAAAAAGUCAACGACAAAAACGUUGAUGACAAACACUGAAAAUGAUAACAGAACAACUUCGUUUCAGAAACAAAAUUCCGUGAACGAAAUUCAAUAUCCUAACAACAAUAGGACACAAUUUGACAAUAACCAAACAUUUCAAAAUAACAAUGUCCAGAAAUCUGUGAUGUCACCUCGAUCACAGAGGAACAAAAACGAAGAUAUUGACGAUGUUUUAAAUCUGGAUUCCGAAUGGACCUCCAAGAACACACGACAGGAAGUGUACCCUUCAACCAUGUCAGAUCGGGGAGGGGGUCGACGAGAGGAAUCCCGAAAUGCUUAUAACAGACAAAUAAAUAAUAGCAGAGUGAUUGAAGACUACCCGGAAACAUACGCCCAAAGAAAUGCCAGGGAGCAAUAUAAACGGACAGACCUUCUUAGACAGAAAACAAUAUACAGAGAUCCAAAGGAAUGGGACCCAGACGAACCAAAGCCAGCAGAAGAGAGUCAGAGCGACGAGGAACUCGCACAGCAGGAAACAGGAGAAUUCGAUGUUUCGAAGUUUAAAGCAGCGAAUAAAGCAGCCCCUCCACCGAGAAGAGAUAUCUUUGAUAUGACACCAGAUCCAUAUACAUCCCGGCAGAACUAUGAUGACAUGCAUGACCCAGAUUCGUAUUAUGAACAAAGUCGUCAAUCUAAACCCAGGACAACGCCAACUUAUGACAAAACGGAGGAAGACCUAAUGGCAGACAUAGAGAAAAUCUUCUGA